AUGGCGACACCGGCGGUACCAUCCAAAUCAUCAUCUUCAUCCAAGGGUUGGAUCAAAAAUAUUUCUUCAAUUGCAGCUCGCAUCUACUUUCUCCUCAUCAUCUUUCAAGUUCCCCUUUUCAGGGUUACAUGUAGAUCUGGUGUUUGUACAAACCCUUUACAUGUUACAUCGUCACAGUUAGUUGCAAGUGAGAUAUUUCCAGUUCCAAUUGUGAAGGGUCUUUUGUACCCAGGUGCUGCUUUAAAUGGACUUAUUCACAACAUGACUGUUCCUCGUUGGGAUGAUUUGUUUAAUUUGUAUAACUUGACCACUAUCAAGGAAGCUUCUGCUGUCACCGAUCUCCAACGCUUGGAGGUCCUUGCGGGAAGCUACUUCUCAGUGGCAGGAGCACUUGUUGGUAUUCUGAAACCAGGGAGAAUGAGCAUAUUUGGAUCACUUCUUGUAAUAUGGGGACUGGUCAAAGAAGGGAUUUUAGGAAAGCCAGUAAACAAUGAUCCUUCAUCAGCUGUCUAUGUCUAUCCAACAAUGGUGCUUGCCAUGAUAUGUGCCUUCUCGUCUGUAAAGUAUGAUAUGAAGGUUUCUGCUAGGUCAGCUGUGCCUGUUCGGUCCACUGCUAAACCUCUUAAGAGCUCAACAAAGUCUAAGCUGAAAUGA